AUGGAGCUCUCUCACCAACUUUGGAUGCAACCUGAAAUGAAGGAACUCAGCUCUGCAUUCAGCAAGCUAAGGAUGCUGUCCAUACUAGGUAUCUUUAUUGAAUUCGACCUUAUAUGGACGACAGCCCUUCUUGAGGCAGCCCCCUCUGUUGAAAUAUUACAAAUUCAGGUAUAUGACCAUUUAUGCGAUAUCGAUGGCCAGGUCAGACUGCGGUCCUUCCCUGAAAGAAGGAGCCCUCAGUGGGAGAUGGACUGCCGCGGCUCCAAGAACCUUCUACUGAGAGAGCUCCAAAUUAUUUGGUUUAAGCCGCUAAAGCAGCAGCUGGCAUUCACAAGGGCUAUGCUGGAGCGAGCACCCAAUUUGCAGAAAAUAAUUUUGAGAGAUGAGUCAUGUGAGGCAUGUGAUGACCUUGGGCAGCCGCCGCCUUGUUCUUGUGCAGAGCGUCUUUUUCCAGAGAGCAAGGAUGAGCAGGAAAGGGUGGUCAGGCGAAUUACAGAUGGUGCGAUCUUCUCAGGCCAAGUAAUUUUUGAGGAUCGUAAGAAGCUGUAGAUAGAUACCUGCUUUCUGAUGGCUUGCUAUAUUCAGAGGCAAAUUGUUGCCAUGUUUAAGAAGUUGUCGAAAAAAAUGAAUGCUCACUGUAGUUGCAGAUGGCU